AUGGUUACAGGAGGAGAGAAUAGAAUCGUAAAAUUAUGGAAAGUGCAAAACUGGGAACCCAUUCUAGAAUUCAUAGGACAUUUAUCAUUUGUAUGGAAAGUUUAGUUUUCUAAUCAUUCUAAUCUAAUUAUAUCAUAAUCAACUAAAGACAUUAGAAUUUGGAAUAUACCAUCAGAAUCACAUAAAUAAAUUUUUAGUAUUUAACUAGAUUAUUACCCAAACUUUACUUUAAUAAAAUGGUGA